AUGGGAGAAGAAGGGGCGGAUGCGGAGCAUCAGCAGCCGAAUCCGGAUACUGAAUUUACAGAAACACCCUCCAAUGGCGCGUACUCUUGGCCACUGGUUCACUACGAUGCUCAUCCUUACAGAACCUACCAUUUCUUCAAGCAAUUCCGAACUGCCGUGUCAAACCCUAACAACUUUCUUAAAGGCGUCAAGUGGUCACCAGAUGGUUCUUGCUUCCUAACCUGCUGUGACGACAAUACUCUCCAUGUUUUUACAUUGCCUUAUGAUGACAGCAUUAGCUAUGUAAAUACAUGCGCUUCAGCUCCAGACGAAGAUUCAUAUGUGGCAAACCUUGUUGCACGCGAGGGAGAAUCUGUCUAUGAUUAUUGCUGGUACCCACACAUGUCUGCUUCAAAUCCAGAUUUAUGUGUAUUUGCAACUACUACUCGCGAUCAUCCUAUCCAUCUUUGGGAUGCUAACUCAGGGCAGCUACGCUGUACAUAUCGUGCCUAUGAUGCCAUGGAUGAGAUUACCGCUGCCUUUUCAAUUGGAUUCAACCCUAGUGGAACUAAGAUAUUCGCGGGGUACAAUAGUACUCUUAGAAUAUUUGAUGUUCAUCGUCCUGGUAGAGAUUUUGAGCAACAUUCGACUCUUCAAGGAAACAAGGAAGGGCAAUCAGGUAUUAUAUCAUCAAUUGCUUUUUCCCCCACUCACUCUGGAGUGCUGGCCACAGGUUCCUACAGCCAAACUACUGCAAUAUAUAGAGAAGAUAACAUGGAACCAUUAUAUGUCCUACAUGGUCAAGAAGGUGGGGUUACACAUGUUCAGUUUUCAAAAGAUGGCAACUAUCUGUAUACUGGAGGACGGAAGGAUCCUUAUAUACUGUGCUGGGAUAUUCGCAAUACUGUUGAUAUUGUGUACAAGCUGUACAGAUCAUCUAAAGAUACCAAUCAGAGGAUACAUUUUGAUAUUGAGCCUCUUGGUCGAUACCUUGGAACUGGUGGCCAGGAUGGUCUGGUUCACAUCUAUGACCUUCAAACAGGACAGUGGGUAUCAAGCUUUCAAGCUGCGUUAGACACAGUAAAUGGUUUCGCUUUCCAUCCUUUCCUCCCAAUGGCGGCAACUUCAUCAGGACACCGGCGAUUUGGAGGUCUUGAUGACUUUCAAGAGAACAUGGACCUGAGCGGUGAUGAAAACUGUGCGUCAGUUUGGAGCUUCUCCUGUUCUUCAACGUUGGAUACGUCAUCAAUUAUUGAAUCCGGAAACUGA